UGCCCCGCGCGCGCGUCUCGCAGCAUCUCCAGCACACUGUCAGUCAACGACGAUGAGCGGGAGCCCGAAAACUCGCCGUGUGAGUUCAGGCGCGUCUCAGAUGGGGGACAGCUCAACCGGGUGACAUUUCUGAGAACCUCCGCCGGUCAUGGCAGCUUUUGGUGGAGACACGCCGCGAAGCUGAAGGACCAACCCAGCUUCCCCCGCCAGUGACCUCUGACCCCCAGGUGCCAUCUGACUCAGGGAUACGAUGGGGCUCCUUUCCUUUCACCACGGGCCACUCUUCCUUGUCUUCUUCUUCCUCCUCUUCCUGUGCCACCCCUGCAUUUCCAUCAGGCCUCAAGUCCUGGAGCGAGCGUCUGCGCCUGAACAAUCUCAGUCCUCUGACAACUCCACAGAGUCUGAAAAGAAGACUUGUGCAGGUGUCGUGAUGUGUAAACCCGGCAUUCUGCUGCCAGUCUGGGAGCCUCUCAACCCUCCGGUUGGGGAACAAGCAGGGAGGGCGAUUGUGUACUUCCUGUCUCUCAUGUACAUAUUCCUUGGAGUAUCCGUCAUUGCUGACCGCUUCAUGGCAUCCAUAGAAGUCAUUACAUCUCAGGAGAAGGAAGUGACCAUUACCAAACCUGAUGGGGAAACCACGGUGAAAACCGUGCGGGUCUGGAAUGAAACCGUGUCCAACCUGACACUCAUGGCCCUGGGCUCCUCCGCACCAGAGAUCCUGCUCUCAGUUAUUGAGGUGUGUGGACACAACUUCAAUGCUGGGGAGCUCGGUCCAGGCACCAUAGUCGGCAGUGCGGCCUUUAACAUGCUUGUGAUAAUUGGUCUGUGUGUGUCAGUAAUUCCAGAUGGACAGUCUCGCAAGAUCAAACACCUGCGAGUGUUUUUUAUCACAGCUUUCUGGAGCAUCUUUGCAUACAUUUGGCUCUACCUCAUUCUGGCCGUCAUCUCCCCAGGGAUUGUUGAGGUUUGGGAAGCUGUAGUCACUCUGCUGUAUUUUCCCGUCUGUGUGAUGUUGGCUUGGAUCGCCGACCGCCGCCUGCUCUUUUACAAAUACAUGCAUAAAAGAUACCGCACCAACAAGAGGCAUGGGAUUGUAGUGGAAAUGGAGGGGGACGAUUCCAGCAAAGGCAUCGAUGGUAUCAUGGAAGGAAAGCUGCCAGACGGCAAUCCAGGCCCUGGAAACUCCUCUAGUGUGACGGUGUCUGUGCAGACAGGCAGUGAGCUGGACCAGAACAAAGAUGAGGUCGUCCGCAUCUUGAAAGAUCUGAAGGAGAAGCAUCCUGAUAAAGACCUGGACCAGCUGAUCGAGAUGGCCAACUACUCUGCCCUGGUCCACCAGAAGAAGAGCCGUGCCUUUUAUCGUGUCCAAGCAACACGGAGGAUGAUCGGUGCUGGAAACAUCUUAAAGAAGCACGCAGCAGAUCAGAAACGGCGUGCGGCGGGACAGGAUGCAGACAAGGCCACAUGCUCACACAUCUGUUUUGAGAGCGUCCAGUACCAAUGCACAGAGAACUGUGGCUCUGUGACCCUGUGGGUGGUCCUCGAUGGAGGAACAGGCCAAAACACCUUCUAUGUGGACUACCGUACAGAAAAUGGAUCUGCUAACGCUGGAUCAGACUAUGAGUUUAACGAGGGGACUCUCACAUUCAAACCAGGGGAAACCCGAAAAGAGAUCAAGGUGGGGAUUUUGGAUGAUGACAUCUUUGAAGAGGAUGAACAUUUCUUUGUGCGUCUUCAAAAUCUGAGGUUAGAGGAGGGAGGGAGUGAAGGGACCGGUUCUCCGCCCAAGGCCAGACUGGUGGAACCUCUGCUGGCCACAGUCACUAUACUGGACGAUGACCAUGCUGGAAUAUUUACCUUUGAGCAGAAGGUGCUGCAAGUGAGUGAGAGCACCGGCAUGCUGACGGUGACCGUGUUGAGGAACUCGGGCUCCAGGGGCACAGUAGCUGUGCCGUACCACACUGAGGAUGGUAGUGCCAAGGCUGGAGUGGACUAUGAGAAGGCCACAGGGGAGGUGGAAUUCACCAAUGAACAGACAAGACAGACAUUACAGAUACGUAUUUUAAAUGUGGAGGAAUACGAAAAGCGGGAAAACUUCUUCGUUGCGCUUGAAGACCCCAAGUGGCUGAAGAGAGGAAUUUCUGCUCUACUUCUGAACCAGGGUAACCCAACUCCUGAGGAGGAGGAGGCCAGGAGGAUUUCUGAGAUGGGCAAACCUAUUCUAGGAGAGCACAGCAGACUAGAAGUCAUCAUAAAAGAAGCCUGUGAUUUUAAGACUCCCAAUGGAGUCAUAGACCAGAGCACCGUGGAUCAUCUCCUCCAAGACACAAAUCUAGCAGAAGUGAUUGGGACUCACUCGUGGAAAGAGCAGUUCAUUGAAGCAGUCACAGUGAGUGCAGGUGAUGAUAACGAGGAGGGACAGGAGCAACGAACGCCCAACUGCUUCGACUACUUUAUGCACAUACUCUGCAUUUUCUGGAAAAUUUUAUUUGCUUUUGUCCCUCCCACCGAGUACUGGAACGGCUGGGCGUGCUUCAUUGUGUCCAUCUCUGUCAUCGGCCUCCUGACCGCCGUCAUCGGAGACCUGGCGUCGCAUUUUGGCUGCACUGUGGGCCUCCGAGACACUGUGACGGCUGUGGUCUUUGUGGCGCUGGGGACUUCACUUCCUGACACAUUUGCCAGUAAAGUGGCUGCCACUCAGGACCAGUAUGCAGACGCAUCCGUGGGCAACGUGACGGGAAGCAACGCAGUCAAUGUGUUUCUGGGCAUCGGCCUGGCCUGGUCCGUGGCUGCGGUGUACUGGGAAGUCAAAGGGAAGGUCUUCCGCGUCGACCCUGGCUCCCUGGCCUUCUCGGUCACACUCUUCACUAUUUUUGCAUUCUUCAGCAUGGGAGUGCUGAUGCUACGCAGGAGGCCGUCCAUAGGAGGCGAACUCGGGGGUCCGAGGAUCCCCAAGGUCCUCACCUCGCUGCUCUUCUUCGGUCUCUGGUUCCUGUACAUCCUCUUCUCCAGCCUGGAGGCCUAUUGCCAUAUACAAGGAUUCUGAGAGAGUCAGAAGGUCACACUUACAGACACACAACUGUGACAGUCACUACCAAUAGGAAUCCAUCACCCUCACGUUUGACUCCUGCUGCCAUGGUUCAAAACAUAUACACAACGUGUGACUAGUCAGUAGGACUCUUUGUCACAAUACAAAGUAAUUUCUUUUAAAUAUAUUAGAUUAUAGUUAACUGUAUUUCAAUCUGGAGAGACUCAGACACAGAAAGAAAGCGAUUAGAAAAGUUUAUUGACAUGCAUAAAUUAAGUCUUUGGCGCUCGGGCCCCGGCUACGGACAUCGAGCUGUGAUUGCGAUGAGCUCGGAUGGGGAUUCCCGAUGCUGAUAGGAAAGUCAUCCCCAGGGACCCGACACUGGUGGUGGAGGUCGGUGAAUGAAGUAUGCCUGGAGAGCCAGGACAAUGGAGGUGGAGAAGGGGUGGAGGUGAGUUGAGCGCAGCAGCGAAGCGGAAGACGCCUUGGAUGGACGUCCUUUUCAACUGGGGCAUGGACGGUGAUUGGCUGCGACAUGGCUUGGUCCAGCGAUGAUAGGUGGUGAUUAUCGGGAUGCGCCGAUUAGAUGAUGCAGGUGGGGCUAAAGAGUCUUCCAGUUUGAAUUUAGGCCCAGGCUUCAUUAUGCAUAAAGGAUAUAGGCAGACAAAUAUUUCUGAUCAUUAAAAUAAUGCUGAUAAUUCACAUCCAGACUCAAAGUUACACGUACAAAGCCAAGGACGCUGGUAAAUGUGGUUUGCACAAAGUUGUGGAGGACCAAACCUGACAUACGAACAAAAGGCAUACAUAUAUAUUUAGUUUUUCUUUGUCCUCACACACGAGCAUUUUUUUUCAUUUCCACUAAACCUGUGUUUUUGUCAAGAAAAGUAGAUGUUUCGUCUUGUCUUUUCCUUAUACAAGCCCUCCUUCUUUUGUCAUUGCCUCCUCUCCUUUUUCUACUCGAUUGUCUACUUUUUCUAACCAGUGAUUAUGUAAAAGAAACAUUCGUAGCUGACGACAAUCAAAAAGAAACGGCUUGUUUAAAAGUCCAAGGCUUUUGCCAAAAGACUACGUCUUAUUUGAUCCAUGAUGGCUGCAAAACUCCAUUGGAGUGUUUCAGAACAUUCCUAAUGACUCCGUGGGAAAAUAGCUGAGAACAGAUACAGCGCAGGAAAAUCAGGUUUGAACUAACCAUUAAACUCACAUUCAUUUCAGGCAGAUGGCAACAUUAUGGACUGUGUGUAAGAGUUUGUCACUCUGAAUGGAUCCAUAUUCCAAACUGGAUUUUUUUUUUUUUAGGUUUGAAGAAUACAUUUACACAAGUAUUUCACUGAAUUAAAUUAAAGAAAGUGAAAAACUGAAGGUAAAGUUAAAAGACGUGAAGUUUGUUACUUUCUCAGGCUGCAAGACACUAUGGAGCUGCUCACAACCAUUAAUAAGCUACUUGGUUCAUACAACUGUAUUUCCUGUCACAGUCAGGCUGGGAACACAAACUGUAGAAAUGGUCAAAAGAAAAUACACCCUCUAAAGUCUGGCUUUCCACUCCAAAAACACUGGACAAUUCAGUGUCAAUUUAUUCGCAACACAUUGCAUCAAUUAUACAUCAAAAGCCUAGAAGUGAUAGAGGGUGGAUUUUUUUUAAUUAUGAUUGUAAUUAAAACAUUUACAUUCACUCAUCAUGCAUGUCAUAUAAAUAUUGAGCUUUAAGGUAUGUAUUUGAACUACUUUUUUUUUUAAGGGUGGACUAAUACGAUAAAAACAUUAGAAACAAUAAAAAAAGGACUGGGAGCCUAAGUUUUAAUUGAUUGUGGAUUUUUCUUAAACCACACGGGUCAUGAAUAUGAAUACAAGCUCAAAUAUAUACAUACACCCUAAGUUUCAUAUAUAUAAUUCCUGAAUUAUUUCAUUCAUCUGACGCUAACAGUUUGACACGCCCUUCGCUCAACUAUACAAGAAGAAAAAAUGUCCAGAUUGUUUAGAAGCUGGGUGAAACCAAGAAAAACCAAUACGUGUGAAUGAAUUCUACCUUUUUUGGUAAUAAGAAUUGUAAAAUUAAUGGUGCCCCAUUAAGUUGAAGUGCAGAAUAAUAAUGAUGAUAAAUAUGAUUUUUACAUGCAAAAUCUGACUGUCAAUGCAUAUCCACUGAUCGAUUGUUCAUACCCACUGAUUAAAACUAA